UGUUAUUGUAUAAAUUGCUGGAUGUUUCAAUAUUCCUCGCUCAUUAUUUCUGCUGCCGCCAGCAAUAAUUUGUAUCAAAACGAAAAAUACAACGUAGUUGAAAACAAGUAAAUUCUCCGCUGACUUAUAUAUUGCGUGUACAGAUUUGGCAAUGUCAUUAGAUGUGGCUCAAUAGCUAAACGUAAAUAUCUAAGAGACAAAUAGAAAAAAAUAACAAAAGAAAACAGCAAUGGUAAACUUGACCUUGUUGCUACUGCUGCUGGCGUUCUGUUUGGCCAGCACAGUGCAGCGGAACUUGGAGCUAGAAGAAGAUGCAAACGUUCAGCAAAACUUGGAGCAGGAUCCGGAAAUAGUGCACUAUCAACCGGAGCAGGUGCAUCUGGCAUUUGGAGAGCGCACCGCCAGCGAAAUUGUUGUCACCUGGUCAACGCGCGGCCUGCCGCCCGAUACAGAAAGCAUUGUCGAAUAUGGACUGAACGAUCUUAAGCAGCGAGCCCACGGCCAGGCCAUUAAGUUUGUGGAUGGCGGUCCCAAGCAGAUGACCCAAUAUAUACACAGGGUUACGCUCAGCCAGCUAAAACCCAACACCAGCUACGUCUAUCACUGCGGCAGCGCCUACGGCUGGUCCGCCAAAUAUCAAUUCCGGACAAUCGCCAGCGCCGAUGCCGACUGGUCGCCCUCGCUGGCCAUUUACGGCGACAUGGGCAAUGAGAACGCCCAGUCGCUGGCACGCCUGCAGAGGGAGACACAGCUGGGCAUGUACGAUGCGAUUAUCCAUGUGGGUGACUUUGCCUACGACAUGAACUCAAAGGAUGCCCGGGUCGGGGAUGAGUUUAUGCGCCAGAUCGAAACGGUGGCCGCCUAUGUGCCGUACAUGGUCGUUCCGGGCAACCACGAGGAGAAGUUCAACUUUUCCAAUUACCGGGCACGCUUCAGCAUGCCGGGCGGCACAGAGAAUCUCUUCUACAGCUUCGACCUGGGCCCGGUGCACUUCAUUGGCAUCUCCACGGAGGUUUACUAUUUCCUCAACUAUGGCGUCAAGACGCUAGUCUUUCAGUACGAGUGGCUCAAGCGCGAUCUGGAGGCGGCCAACAUGCCGGAGAAUCGGAUCAAGCGGCCCUGGAUUAUCAUCUAUGGCCAUCGGCCGAUGUACUGCAGCAAUGAGAACGACAACGAUUGCACCCACUCGGAGACGCUGACCCGCGUCGGCUGGCCAUUUGUGCAUAUGUUUGGACUGGAGCCGCUGCUCUACGAGUACGGUGUCGAUGUGGCCAUUUGGGCGCACGAGCACUCAUACGAACGCCUCUGGCCCAUUUAUGACUACAAUGUGCGCAACGGUUCACUGGGCUCACCCUAUGAGAAUCCGCGUGCGCCUGUCCACAUCAUAACCGGCUCGGCCGGCUGCAAGGAGGGACGCGAACCCUUCAAGGGCCAGAUACCCGAGUGGAGCGCAUUCCAUAGCCAGGAUUAUGGUUACACGCGUCUCAAGGCACACAAUCGCACCCAUUUGUACUUUGAGCAGGUGUCCGAUGAUCAGCAGGGCGCCAUUAUUGACAAAUUCUGGCUAAUUAAGUCGCAGCACGGCGGCUACACUGAACCCUAAAUGACGAUGUUAGAUCAAACACACACACACACAUUCACACACACACACAACUGUAGCAACUGGCAGUAUUAGCGCACAUUCUACUAUAUAUUAUAUAGCUCAAUUUAACGCCUAUUUAGUACAUUUCAAAACUUAAACACAACUGCAACUGCAACUGUAGCCCAGUAUGAGCCCAGAACAAACUGUAUUCGAAUACUUUAAACAAUCCUUAAAUUAGCCAAUUUUACUUGCAUGUAUUUAAUGUUGAACUAUAUACAUCGUGUUGUAUACGUAUAUUUAUAUGACUUUUAAGUGAUCUAUCUAAU